AUGUCCACAAAACCCCUCUUCAAAAAAGACCAGCCCAUACAUUGGAUCCUCGACUGGGACGGCACAAUCACCAAAAAAGACACUCUGGACGCCCUCGUCAGUAUAUCUGCAGCAGAAAAACCCGACUUCCCCACCGUGGACCACUGGAAAUCCGUCUCACAGGCAUACAUGGAAGACUACACCGCCACAAUGAAAAAGCUCGUUCCAACCGGCGCUCUCCCAACAACAAUAGUCGAGGAAAAACAGCUCCUAGCCAAACUCAAAGAAGUAGAGCAACGCAGUCUUGACCGCGUACAUUCAUCCGAUAUAUUCACUAAUCUCACCCGUCGAGGCAUCGAAUUAGGAGCCAGUCGGGUCGUAGAAUCAGGCCAGGUGCAACUUCGCACUGGUUUCCCUUCAUUCUUCAAGCACAUCCAGUCACGUGAGGGUGACGCUUUUGCCAUUCUGAGUGUGAACUGGUCUUGCCAUUUCAUUCAUUCCAGCCUUGCCACAUCCAACAUCAGCGUAGCAUCGAACGCUAUCCUGUCCAACGAGCUCGACGGUAUAUCCGCCGGGGUGCCCUCGUCUGGUCGCAUCGUUGCUGCAGCUUCGGGAGAACCGGACCCCAUUGUAUCCAGUGGUGACAAACUGCAAAUUUUUGAACAGAUUAAGGAGGUAAACGGGCUCAAGGUGUACAUUGGUGAUAGUUGGACGGAUAUCGAGUGUCUGCUAGGUGCAGACCUCGGUAUCUGCAUCCGCGAUGGUCCCAUGGGAAGCUCGCAGAAGACGCUUGCUGAUGCGCUCACGAGACUGGGAGUACCAUGUCCAAAGUUGAGAGAGUGGGGGCAGCAUAAAGGGAGUGGUGUUUUCUGGGUCAGGGACUUCACAGAAGUACUUGAGUGGGCGGAGAAUAGCUUUCAGUAA